AUGAUGAGUGUACAGCGCUGUUAUAUUUUCAUUGCUGACGCCGUCCACCCAUGUGACAGUGGACCGUGCCGUAACCAUGGAAACUGCUCCCUGGACCUGGACACAUAUAAAUGUACCUGCCCUGUUGGCUUUACGGGUAACACUUGUGAAACAGAUAUCGACGAAUGUUCAAGCAACCCAUGUAUGAACGGUGGUACCUGUUGGAAUCGUAUCCCACGAUUUGUUUGCUUUUGUCCAUCUGGAUUUAUUGGAAAUCAGUGCCAAGAUACUGAUAAGUGCGCGGUCAAUCCAUGCCAGAACUUUGGCACGUGCAUAUCUUCUCCUGCGGGUUACAACUGCACAUGCUUAAGUGGAUACACUGGAAAGGAAUGUCAAAACGAACAGGAUGAGUGCAAAUCCAACCCCUGCCAGAACGGAGGUACGUGCCAGGACAUGGUUGGUGGAUUUCUCUGUCGUUGUCCUGUCAAAUACACUGGGAGCAUAUGUCAAACAGAGAUCGACUACUGUCAUCCGAAUCCCUGUCAAAACGGAGGGGUGUGUACCGGACUUGGUAGCAGCUAUGCUUGCGCAUGUCCAGGGAACUACCUGGGACUAAACUGCGAAAGAGCUCAAGACAAGCUCGGAGCGACGGAAUUGACAAGGAGGAUUUUGUUGCUGGAUUGA